AUGAGGCUACUAAGCCUGUUGACCUUUUGUCUGGUUGCCUAUGGGCUGGCUAUUCCAAGUCCCGCCGAGAUCUCAGUCCGCGAUCCGGGUACCACCAUCACAGUAGGUGAUGACUCUUUCAGCUCAGCUGGAAUUUUUUCUCGAGAUCAAAGCGAGGCUUGGGCUCAGGCGGAGAAGGUAGUCGGACAUCCACUUGAGCACAACAAAUACUACUACUUCAUGUCUUGCAAUCGGGCGUAUCGCAAUGAUCGUCUGACAACGCAGCCUUACUUGAGGUAUGUCAUUGACAGGACUGAUUGCGUUCAUGUCGGCCUGGUCAUUGGGAAGACGUCGAGGCUCUUUAAGAGGUUCGAGGCGGAGUAUCUGCACGUGAGGGUAGACCUAGACAACCGACCAGACGAGUGGUAUCAGUCGCGAAGUAACUGGGACGGCCCCAUUGGCGAACAACGCAUUACCUAUGGCGGAGAAAGCAAAUCCGUCAAGAUCAAAAAGCUCUGGGAAGCUGGUAAACAAUGGGUGGAACAGGCAGGAAAUCGUAUGGAUGCAGACUGGAACUGUCUGCGAUACUAUGAUCGUCUGGUCUCUCUCAUCUGA